AUGAAACAAACUAGUAACAUGAAUUUUAAGCCUCUUAAAAUAAAACCUUCUCUACUUAAAGCGUUGAAGAAGGAAGGGCUAAUUUCUAUUGAAGAGGCAGAAGGAAACAACGUAAAAAUUUUGAGCUCUGAUAAUUUAAAUAGUCAUAAUAUAUCUUAUAAAAAUAAAUAUAAUAAUGUUUCAAAAAGUGUCGAACGUAAAAAGGAGUUAUCUCUAAAAAGAAAAAAAGGUUCCACAAAAAAUGAGACACAAAAUGUAAAAGAUUUGGAUUGUAUUUCUCGAGAGGAGAAGAAAAUAAAAAUUGAGGAUUCCUUAAAGAAUGAUGAGAAAGAAAUUUUGGAUAUAAAUAAUUCAAAUGAGAAGAUAAUUCAUAAUAAUAAUAAUAAUAAUGUAGAAAAACGAAAAAGGAAAAGAAAGCGAAAUAAAAAGAAAAAAAAUAUAAAUAGUAAUAUGCAAAUAAACACAACAGAUAGUAAUUUGCAAAACGAAGAAGAAAAAGAGAAAUCAAUUGAGAAUGUAAAUAUAUCUAAUAUUAAUACAAAUAGUAACGAAAAUUCAAAUAAAAAAAAAAAGGAAUUAUUUAAUAUUGAAAGAAUUAUUAAAAAUGAAGAAGAAUUAGAAAAAAAUAAUAAUAAUAAUAUAAAAUAUAAAAUACAUUGUAAAAACUGGAAUAACAGUGGUAAAAUUUAUAUUUUACAUAGUGUUAUGAAAUCAUUAUAUGAUAAUGGUUUUUUAAAACCUACAGAAAUACAAUCAAAAACAUUAGAAAAAUCGAUUAAUGAUAAAAAUGAUAUUGUUGUUAUUUCUAAAACAGGUACAGGUAAAACAUUAACAUUUUGUUUACCUAUAUUAAAUAAUAUUCUUAUAAAUAAAUUAAAAGAAUAUAAAAAGAAAUUAAAGAAUAUACAAAAAUUUCGAUGUCUUAUAUUAGUUCCAACAAGAGAAUUAGCAUUACAAAUAUUAAAACAUUUUAAUUAUAUAAAUAAAUAUAUUAAUUUAUUCAUUUCUACAAUUAUUGGAGGUUUAAAUUUAAAUAAACAGAAAAGAAUUCUUAUGAAAAAACCAGAAAUACUUAUAUGUACCCCUGGAAGAUUAAAAUAUUUUUUACAAUUAGAAAAUCCAAUAAAAUAUAUAUAUGAAAUGAAAAAUAUAAGGUAUCUUGCUUGUGAUGAAAUUGAUAAAAUGAUUGAAAUAUCAUUUAUGAAAGAUAUCAGUUAUAUAGCUAAACAUAUUUAUAAAUCCGUUGGAGAUAAAAAAAAAAAAUUAAUUCAAACAUUUUUAUUAUCCGCUACAUUAAGUUUGACAGUUCAAUUACAAAAUGAUAAUAUGACAAAAUUAUUAAAUUCUAUAAUUAUACGUAAAGAUAAAUCAUUUAUUAUUAAUUUAUCGAAUGAACAAAAUUUAUAUAAUGAUAAUUCAAAUAUAUUACCUGAUUUGUUAUCUUUAUAUAUAGUUAAAUUGAAUGAAAAAGAUAUUGUAUGUAAAUUAUUUUAUUUGAUCAAAUCAUACUUUACUUAUGAUACAAAUGAUAAUAUUAAUAAUAAUAAUAAUAAUAAUAAUAAUAAUAAUGGUGAUGAUAAUAAUGAUGAUGAUAAUUAUACCAAUAAAUUGGAACCACAUCAAAAUGAGGAGAUAAACAAAAUUAUUAUUUUUGUUAAUACCAUCAAACGUGCAAAACAAUUAAAUAAUAUUUUUAAACACUUAUUUCUAGAUAAUAAUUUAGAAUCAUCCAUACCAAAAAAGUAUAGAUCUAAUUUAUAUAUAAAAAAUAAAAUUAAUAUAUAUAGUAUACAUUCUAAACAAAAAUUAAAAGAAAGACUUCAAAAUAUAAAUAAAUUCUCACAACAAAAUCAAAAGGCAAUUCUAUUUUGUACUGAUGUACUUAGUAGAGGAAUAGAUUUAGAUAAGUGUGAUUUAAUAGUACAACUGAAUUGUCCCAUAUCUGAUAUAACUUUUGUUCAUCGUUCAGGCAGAACAGCUCGAAAUUUUAAAAAGGGAAAGUGUAUUUGUUUUAUUACCGAAACAGAAAUAUAUAAAUGGAAAACUUCACUCGAAAAGGUAGGAAUUAAUAUACAAGACCUACAAGAAUUAGAUCAUCUAAAAAGUAUAAAUGAAGAUGAAUAUACAAAAAUAAAUAGAGCUAUUGAAUGCGCAAAUAAAAUGAUUGAAUUUCAAGAUAAAUUAAUUAUUAAAAAAAAAGAUUCCUUACUAAAAAAGUUAGCUAGAGAAGCAGAACUUGAUGAUGAAGAUGAAGAAGAAGAAGAAAAAAGAAGGAGAAACAAUAAUUAUUCAGACUUUGAAAAUGAAUACGAACAUUUAAAUAAUCAAACAAUAUAUAAAAAUAUAUUGCACUUAAAAAAAGAAUUAUACAAUACAUUAUACAAGCAAUGA